AAAAUCCACAGGAAAAUGAACGGCCUGGCCAGCAACGAGCGAGGACGCACAAAGUCCCGGAACUGCUCGCGGGAUGGCAGCACCAGCAGGAUGCGAGUGGGUAGUGGAGUCCACACUCGUAGCUCCUCAGCAGAAAAUGUUCGAAGCAGAUUCUCCUCAGCGAGCUCAGUCAGUAACUUCGAGGACAACGGGUCAGCAGGCAAUUCCAGAUUGCAAAGAGUCAGAAAACCAUUGGCAUCAGCUUCCUGGACCAGUCCCAACUUGCCUCGGAGGAAGCCCAAACAGAAGCGUUUGGCCAGCACCCCCACAAAAUCAAACAAGAUGUCUGACAAAGAAAACUACCUGGACUCCUGCGACCUUUCUGAAAUCGAUGCCAGGCUGAACGCUCUGCAGGAGUACAUGAAGAAACUGGGAGCGCGGACUGAGUGAGGUGGGUCCCAGACCCUUUGGACGAUCACGAAUAUGAGAAACGUACCAAGGGCAGGGGUGCUGCGUGAGACUGGGGGUGGGAAAUGGGACAACAACCUUCACACAGCAUCUGCCUGAUCCAGGACGUGUCGUGAAGCAACAAGAACUUCAUUGUCCAGAACUGUAUGUCUGUUGGUUUAUUGUAAAUAGGAAUGUAUAAAAAUGGGGAAAAGAGUACGCGUUGGAAAUCAAUUGAGUGCUUUGUGUCGUUUCUGAGUAUUUUUAUUUUGUCUAUUGAACAAAUGAUUACCCAACAAUUAUUGGCUACAAUGCCACCUGGAUAGCACAGUCACUAACUAGAGCAAGAAUAGAGUGUCAGACACCUUAAUGACUCGUAGCUUGAGAAGUUGAAUCCACAGGGCGAUUGUGUUUGUUUCAAAGUUAUCUAGCGUCUCCCCAAAUUUGCAUCGAUUGCUCAUUCCUUUUCUGCUGUGUCUACGUGUUAUUCCAAUAGGAAUUGUCAGAAUACAGACCAUAUUAAAUAAGCAAAGGUGUUCAAGCCUUACUGGGGAAGAAGGGAGUACUCCUGUUGGGGGAAGAGUGAACCCCAAGGUAGAUGUACAAUCUCAAUUCGGUGUUUCUGGUUAAAGUACCAGUAUCUACCAUUCCACACUAUUCCAGCUAAGUUUGCUCCUGAUUAACUCCAAGAACCUUUUGACAAACUUAGAUUUAAGAAGCCUUUCAAGCUUGUGUGGUGUCUAGCCUGAUUUCAAUGAGCUCAGUAGGCUUUAACUGGUUUAUUUUGAGGUAAUAUUACUCUUGUCUAGAUUGGUGAGCACAUAAUAUUGUAAAAUACUUCGGACACCUACAUUGGAACAUAGUACACAGGGCAAAGAAUAAAUAAUUCCAAUGUGCCUUUCAGUGAUACCCAACCUUUUUAUGCCAUUAUACAUGUUGGGAAACCCUUUUACAUCAUCUGCCUGUUCCCAUGCAAUCUAUCAGGAAGUUCAAUCCAUCAUUCUCCCAUUCUGAAGAUCCCCUCAUUCUCCAAUCUGAAAUCUGCACUCAUUCCACCCUGUUUCCCCACUCCAACAACUCUGGCUUACUUAUUACCCAUUCCAUUUUAACUUUCCUAUCAUCAACUGCAACCUUGUUUUACUGGUCAGGAACAUAUCUCCUGGCGCUGGCUUCAAAUCUGGAUGAAUUAUGCCAAAGGCCAUCUUUCACUGUCUUUCUUAAAUAUUCCUUGAAUGAAUUUUGUGAUGAACGUGAUGAUGGCUGAUCAGUACCAACUCAUGGGAUGACCUGUAAAGUUUAAUUCUGCCCUGCCUGAGUUUAACCUAAAGUGGCCAGGCCAGAUGUGAGUGAACCCCAGGGGUCCAAUGAAGUCAUAAGGUGUAAGAUUUCCACUCAGUGUUUCUGCUGAAUGUACAUUCACCAAUCUAACAUUCCACAUGAGCCUAGCUGUUUGCUCCUGAUUAACUCAAAGAACCUUUUGCCAAACUUAGAUCUUAAGAAACCAUCCAAGCUUGUGUGCUGUCUAGCUUUCAAAUGAGCUCAUCUUGCAGAAACUGGUUGGUCGAGCUAAUAUCCAGAUUGCUGAACAUCUAAUGCUGUGAACUACCUGCGGCUCUCCUGUCUGAAUAGUACCACAUAGUACUUCAGAAGAGUUGAACACCAAAGGUUUCCAUUUUGGAAAGGGUACAUUUAUCUCAUCGGGAUUUGUGGAUCCAGUAAUCUGAAUCCUGAGGCUCUCUAACCUUCAUGUUGUGACUCUCAACACUCAGAUUUAAUAGCAUCAAUUUUCCUGAUGUCUCAGAUACCAAGGUUGUUGUGACUGGCCACUGAGAGCAGAGUUAUUUAUUUGCAGUUAGACUUGCUUACUGAAUAGUGUCCAUUUUCCUUGUCAAAUCCUUGAUUGCACCUUUAAGUAUAACAAGGAAACCCCAAGUGGAGUGAGUCUACUACAAAGAUAUGUGAAGUAUAUACUGCGUGAUAUAAUUGUGCAGUCUAUCUGAGGUAAGAGUUCUUCCAGUAUUGGACUCAGCCACUGUUCAAGGGAGUAUUCUUAUAUCUAUACUGAUUCCACCAUCGGGAGUGCAUGUGGAUGAUUGAGAACAGUAAUCUGCCCCAACGACUGGGGUCAUGCCAUGGACCCAAGGGAUCUGUGGGGCCCCAGGUAGGGAACACCUGCCCUGCUAUAAUAGCCCAGACUAUAGUGUGUUGUAUUUGGGUGGGGAAGGGAGACAGUACACAUCCAUACUUGAUGGAAUUUAUUUGUACUGAUUUUUCUACAAUUUUUGUAAAUAAAUCUUUUAUUCUAAUGAAA